AUGAGUGGUGCUAUAACAAUAAAACUUUUAGCACUAGCGUUACGUCAAGUAUCAAGGCCAAUAGCAAAUAUAAUCAAGGCACAGGCGAAGCAACAUGAAACUUUUAAGAAACUGUGUAUUUCAUUCGCACAAAGGAUGCAUAAAACAGAUUUAGCAAUAAAGGCUAAGUUAACCUCGACAAAAUACAAGGGUACUGGUAAUAAUAUAAAAAUCAAGCCGGUUGUGCGACCCUUGAAUGAUGAGAAAGCGGUAGAGAAUGGAGCCACUAUAUUAAGUGAGCUGUUUGUAUUUUCAGUUGCUGGUGGUAUAGUGGCGUUUGAGACUAUACGUCAAAUGAAAAAAGAAUCUGCUAGAAGAGAAGCUGUUACUAAUGACAUUGGCAUAUUACAGGAAGAAAUAGAAGAUUUGAAAAAACAAUUAAAAUUACAAGGUGAAAAGAAUUCAUUGAUUUUAAGCCGUAUUAAUAGUGAGAAGAGGAAAGAAAAUUAA